AUGACACUCACAAAUGCUGAUACACUACCAAUAGUAAUGACAUUUCUUGAUGUAAAAUCAGUGAUAUUAUCAUGUUCACUUGUAUCUAGAGAGUGGAAUCAUUUAACAAGAUUAAAUUCCAUAUGGAAGUUAAAAUAUGAACAAAUAUUCAUGGAGAGUGUAUUUAAUUGGACUAAACAUGUUACAAAUUCUUCUAAUGAUGAUGAUGAUUCCGAUUCUGAUUCUGAUUCGAAAGAUGAAUCUUCUGAUAAUUCAUCAUCUUCAGAAUCGGAAGGAAGAAAAAGAAAAAAAAGAAAGAAAAUUAAAAAGUCAAAGAAACAAAAAACAAGAAAAUCCAAUCAAGAAGAUUACUAUUGGUUUAAUUUAUUUAAAAAAUGUAUAUUACUAUUUCCUAUUUUAGAUAUUGAAUAUGAAAAUGUUGAACUACUUGCCAAUCAAUUAGAUUACAAUGAAAUUAAAAAAAUUACAAAUGUUCAACAAUUACAUGAAAUAAUUUACCACUUGAAAGAAACUAUUAGAAAUCAAGAAAAUGGUCAAUCUCAACUCACUUCUGAUUAUCAAUAUAAAUUUCACAACAGUAAGGCACUAACUCUAAACAAGGAAAUGAAAGCUAAUUUAAUGCAAUUAGCAACAAUAUUAACAGUUUUAUAUGAUGGACAAUCAAUAUUCUAUUUUACAGAUAAUGUUUUAAUUAGAGUUAAAAAGGAAAUGUGGCAAUGGGCUCAUGAAGAUGAAAUUGAUUGUUUUGAAUGUACUUUACCUGCUUUUUGCAUGUUGGUUCUCUAUCCUAAAGCUGAAGAAAAUAUUCCCUUAAAGAAGAUGAAGAAAAAGUAUCAUUUAAUGGUAUCUCCAUCUAUAGAAAAUCAUAAAAGGGAAGAAGAAUCAGACUCAGAAUCAGACAAUGAUGAUGAAAAAGAAGGAGGGAGAGUACUCAAUACAACAAAUUCAUGUUUCUGGUUAGAUAUGAUGGGAUACUCUGAACCUGAAGGAAAGAAUGAUAUUUGUUUUUGUAAUUACUUUGAUUGGUGUCCAAAUUUCAUUUCCUCAGAAAAUUCAACCAACAAUUCUCCAACCAUUAAUACAUCAAUGAAUACAAAGAAGAGAACUAUUCAGAUAUCAAAGUAUGAAUAA